AUGGCCAGAAACCCAGAGGACAGUCCGUUGGCUGUUAUCGAGCGCUGUCGUCGUGAAAACCGGCCCGUUUUCGUGGCAGGACCGAUGGUGCGUUACUCCAAGCUGCCGUUCAGAGAGCUCGUUCGUGACUAUAAAGUUGACAUUGUCUACUCGCCCAUGAUCCUCGCACGGGAGUUUGUGCGGAACCACAACGCCAGGGCCAGUGAUUUUAGCACAAACCACCGCGAUAGGCCACUAAUAGUCCAAAUCGGAGCCAACAACGUCACAGAUCUGUUACGGAUGAUAGACAUGAUACACCCUUAUGUUGACGGUGUUGGGCUGAACUGCGGGUGUCCAAUCAAAGACCAGGUGAGAGAAGGUAUUGGUGCAGCACUGAUGUCGAAGAAGGAACUUGUUGCAGAAAUGGUGCACGCCGUCAAGGAGAAAUACGGCUCGAAGCUCGUAAUCGAGACAAAGAUCCGAGUCCACCACGAUAUCCAGGAGACUAUCGAGUUUGUGAAAAUGGUCGAGGCGGCAGGCGUUGAUUUUAUUACGGUCCAUGGCCGCACAAAGAACACGAGGUCAUCUGAGCCAUGCAACUUCGAAAAAAUUAAAGCCAUCAAGGAGGCCGUUUCCGUGCCUGUUAUUGCAAAUGGUGACUGCAGAUCUCUCGAGGACGCAUUCCGGAUAGCCAAAGACACGGGUUGCGACGGAGUCAUGGCAGCAAGAGGCAUUCUAAAUAACCCUGCUAUGUUUGCCGGCUACGAGAAGGCUCCGUGGGGAGCUAUUGAGAAGUUCUGGAACUUGAGCACCGCAUAUGGACUUCCUUUCCGUCUUCUCCAGCAUCAUUUGGGGUGCAUGCUUGUGGGACAGAUCAGCAAACAACUACAGAACGAGUUGAAUAGCAAGUCCAGUCUGCUGGAGCUGAUGGACUGGUUCGAUGCUAAUUUCGAGCUUAAACGGCCUACGGAUACCGGGUUCGGAACAGCAGUUGCUGUCCAGUACCGUCAAAAUAGACAAAAGCAGGCUCAUAUAUAA